CAUAAUGAGUGGAGAAGUUCCUUAUUAGCUUUUGUGUGAAAUACAACCGCUUUAGACAUUUGCACUAAUUGAGAUGACAUGAAUUUCUACUGAGACGAGCGCAGACAUUAGUCUGCCCUUAUUCAGCGUAAUCCUGUCUGUCCCGGCCACCACCAUGUCUUUCGUGCCCACCCCGAGCCCCACUGUGGUGGAUCAGACCACCCUUAUGAAGAAAUACCUGCAGUUCGUGGCGGCGCUCACUGACAACAACACGCCGGAUGAGACCAAACUGAAAAUGAUGCAGGAAGUCAGUGAGAAUUUUGAGAAUGUCACAUCCUCGCCACAGUAUUCUACUUUCUUGGAGCACAUCAUCCCUCGUUUCCUAACGUUUCUGCAGGAUGGAGAAGUGCAGUUCCUUCAAGAGAAACCAACGCAGCAAUUAAGGAAACUUGUCCUGGAGAUCAUCCACCGGAUCCCAACUAAUGAACAUCUGCGGCCUCAUGCCAAGAACAUCCUUUCUGUCAUGUUCCGCUUCCUUGAGAUUGAAAGUGAGGAGAAUGUGCUCAUUUGUUUACGCAUCAUCAUUGAAUUGCACAAACAGUUUCGCCCGCCAAUCUCUCAAGAGAUUCAUCAUUUCUUGGACUUUGUGAAGCAAAUUUACAAAGAACUGCCAAAAGUAGUGACGAGGUACUUUGAGAAUCCUCAGGUUAUUGCAGAAAACACAGUGCCUUCUCCAGAAAUGGUGGGCAUGAUCACCUCAGUAUUAGUGAAGACCACACCGGAGCGUGAGGACAGCGAGACCCGAACGCAUACCAUAAUCCCCCGGGGAUCGCUGUCACUCAAAGUGUUGGCAGAGCUGCCCAUCAUUGUCGUCCUCAUGUAUCAGCUGUACAAACUGAACAUUCACAAUGCGGUGUCAGAGUUUGUGCCUCUUAUCAUGAACACCAUCAUGCUGCAGGUGUCUCCACAGGCUCGGCAACACAAGCUGUUCAACAAGGAGCUUUAUGCAGAUUUUAUUGCAGCACAGAUCAAGACCCUGUCAUUCCUGGCUUACAUUAUCCGGAUCUACCAGGACUUGGUUGGGAAGUACUCCCAGCAGAUGGUGAAGGGGAUGUUGCAGCUGCUGUCUAACUGCCCCCCUGAGACGGCUCACCUGCGGAAAGAGCUGCUGAUCGCUGCCAAGCACAUUCUCACCACAGAUCUACGCAGCCAAUUCAUUCCAUGCAUGGACAAGCUUUUCGAUGAGUCAAUACUCAUUGGCUCAGGAUACACUGCAAGAGAGACGCUAAGCUUCACAGAGAAGUGGAUCCCUAACGUGAUCAUCUCACACCGGUACAAAGCCCAGGACACCCCGGCACGCAGGACGUUCGAGCAAGCCCUGACGGGGGCGUUCAUGUCCGCAGUCAUCAAGGAUCUCAGGCCCAGCGCUCUGCCUUUUGUUGCCAGCUUGAUCCGCCAUUACACUAUGGUGGCAGUGGCUCAGCAGUGUGGUCCCUUCUUGCUGCCAUGCUACCAGCCAGGCAGCCAGCCCAGCACGGCUAUGUUUCACAGUGAAGAGAACGGCUCCAAAGGCAUGGACCCCCUCGUGCUGAUCGACGCCAUCGCCAUAUGCAUGGCCUACGAGGAGAAGGAGCUGUGCAAGAUUGGGGAAGUGGCACUUGCUGUCAUCUUUGAUGUUGCCAGCAUUAUCCUGGGCUCCAAGGAAAGGGCGUGCCAGCUGCCGUUGUUCUCCUACAUUGUGGAGCGGCUUUGCGCAUGCUGCUAUGAGCAGGCCUGGUAUGCUAAGCUGGGUGGAGUGGUGUCCAUUAAGUUCCUGAUGGAGAGGCUUCCUCUGAUCUGGGUGUUGCAAAACCAGCUGACCUUCCUGAAAGCUCUGCUCUUCGUCAUGAUGGACCUCACAGGAGAGGUGUCUAAUGGCGCAGUUGCAAUGGCAAAGACCACGCUGGAGCAGUUGUUGAUACGCUGUGCCACUCCUCUUAAGGAUGAGGAGAAGACUGAGGAGCUUCUGUCUGCCCAGGAUAAAUCUUUCCAUCUGGUGACUCAUGACCUGGUACGGGAGGUCACCUCCCCCAAUUCCACUGUCCGCAAGCAGGCCAUGCACUCCUUGCAGGUGCUGGCUCAAGUCACAGGCAAGAGCGUCACCAUUAUCAUGGAGCCUCAUAAAGAAGUCCUGCAGGACAUGGUUCCUCCAAAGAAACACCUUUUGCGACAUCAGCCGGCCAAUGCUCAGAUCGGCCUUAUGGAGGGCAACACCUUCUGCACCACCCUACAACCCCGCCUCUUCACCAUGGACCUCAAUGUGGUGGAGCACAAAGUCUUUUACACAGAGUUGCUGAACCUGUGUGAAGCUGAGGAUGCUGCUUUGAUGAAGCUGCCCUGUUAUAAAAGCCUUCUUUCACUGGUGCCGCUGCGCAUUGCUGCUCUCAACGCCCUGGCGGCCUGUAACUACCUUCCCCAAUCCCGAGAGAAGAUCAUUGCUGCCCUCUUCAAGGCCCUCAACUCCACUAACAGUGAGCUCCAGGAGGCCGGAGAGGCCUGCAUGAGAAAGUUCUUAGAGGGGGCUACUAUCGAGGUGGAUCAGAUCCAUACACACAUGCGGCCCCUGCUGAUGAUGCUCGGAGACUAUCGCAGUCUGACACUCAAUGUGGUCAACAGACUGACAUCUGUCACUCGUCUCUUCCCCAACUCCUUCAAUGACAAAUUCUGUGACCAAAUGAUGCAACAUCUGCGUAAAUGGAUGGAGGUGGUGGUGAUCACGCAUAAAGGAGGCCAGCGUAGUGAUGGCAGUCCUGCCAUGGAGGGUGUAGAGGAAAUGAGAAUCUGUUCAGCCAUUAUAAACCUCUUCCACCUGAUACCAGCUGCUCCACAGACACUGGUGAAACCUCUGCUGGAAGUGGUCAUGAAAACGGAAAGGGCGAUGCUCAUAGAGGCUGGCAGUCCCUUUAGAGAGCCACUGAUCAAGUUCCUGACGCGUCAUCCAUCUCAAACAGUGGAGCUUUUCAUGAUGGAGGCCACUCUCAAUGACCCACAGUGGAGCCGCAUGUUCAUGAGUUUCCUUAAGCACAAAGAUGCCAAGCCACUUCGAGAUGUCUUGGCUUCUAACCCAAAUCGAUUUGUCCCUCUGCUGGUUCCAGCUGGGCCUGCAACAACUGCGAGACCUGCGUCUCCUUCCACCAGCACUGCCCGCCUUGACCUACAGUUCCAGGCCAUCAAGAUCAUUAGCAUCAUUGUGAAAAAUGAUGAAGGCUGGUUGGCGGGUCAGCACUCUUUAGUGAGUCAGCUCAGGCGCGUGUGGGUCAGCGAGGCCUUUCAGGAGCGCCAUCGCAAAGACAACAUGGCUGCAACCAACUGGAAAGAGCCCAAACUACUAGCAUACUGUCUGCUUUGCUACUGCAAUUUAAAGCUAUACAGCUUUGAGAAAGGAGAAGGCGAGCAACUGUUGGGGCCACCCAAUCCAGAGGGUGACAACCCUGAGAGCAUCACUAGUGUCUUCAUCACCAAGGUUCUUGAUCCUGAGAAGCAGGCAGAUCUGGCCGACUCAUUGAGGAUCUACUUGCUUCAGUUCUCAACCCUGCUGGUAGAGCAUGCUCCUCAUCACAUCCAUGACAACAACAAGAGCAGAAACAGCAAGCUGAGGCGUCUCAUGACCUUCGCUUGGCCUUGCCUGCUCCCCAAAACCUGCGUGGAUCCGGCCUGCAAGUACAGUGGCCACCUCUUGCUGGCUCACAUUAUCGCCAAGUUUGCCAUUCACAAAAAGAUUGUGUUACAGGUUUUCCACAGUCUGCUAAAGGCUCAUACUAUGGAAGCACGUGCCAUUGUUCGGCAAGCCAUGGCAAUUCUCACACCUGCAGUACCUGCUCGGAUGGAGGACGGUCAUCAGAUGCUCACACACUGGACCCGCAAGAUUAUUGUGGAGGAGGGCCACACAGUUCCUCAGCUCGUCCACAUACUUCACCUCAUUGUACAGCACUUCAGAGUAUAUUACCCAGUGAGACAUCACCUGGUUCAGCACAUGAUUAGUGCUAUGCAGCGAUUGGGCUUCACCCCUAGUGUGACUAUCGAGCAGAGGAAGUUGGCAGUGGACUUAGCCGAGGUGGUCAUCAAAUGGGAGCUCCAGAGAAUCAAAGACCAACAGCCUGAAUCAGAAGCUGAUCCAGGAAGUGUGGGAGAAGGUACGAGUGGAGCCUCUGGUGCUAUGAAGAGAGGAAUGUCCGUUGACUCGGCACAAGAUGUAAAGAGAUUUCGCACUGCAGCUGGUGCUGUCGGCACGGUCUUUGGCCGCAGUCAGUCGAUGCCAGGCACAGAGGCUCUACUUACCAAACCUGUGGAGAAACAGCACACAGAUACUGUGGUCAACUUCCUCAUCCGCAUUGCCUGCCAGGUAAAUGAUAGCACUAAUGUGGCAGGCUCCCCUGGUGAACUGCUGUCCCGUCGCUGUGUGAACCUCAUGAAGACUGCCCUCAGAUCGGACAUGUGGCCCCGUGCCGAACUUAAACUGCAGUGGUUUGACAAACUCCUUAUUACUGUGGCCUUGAAGAUCUUGCCCCUUUUUACAAGAUCGAAAGGGAAAAUCGUAGUGCUGUCAUGUAAUCAUGUUCUUCUGUGUUUGACUGUAGUGACGAGCGAGUUGGUCAUGCUUAGUUUGGAUCUGGUAAAGGAGAGGCUGUCGGUCAUGAACAUGGAAAUGAGGAAGAACUUCAUCCAGGUCAUCCUCACCUCCCUCAUCGAGAAAUCUCCUGACCCAAAGAUUCUUCGAGCUGUGGUGAAGAUUGUGGAGGAAUGGGUCAAGAACUCUGGCAACACCAUGGCAACCAACCAGGUGCCUAAUCCAAGAGAGAAGUCCAUUCUGCUGGUGAAAAUGAUGACCUACAUUGAGAAGCGCUUUCCUGACGACCUUGAAUUGAAUGCCCAGUUCCUGGACCUCGUUAAUUACGUCUACAGAGAUGAGAACCUCUCAGGAAGUGACAUCACAUCCAAGCUAGAGCCAGCAUUCUUGUUAGGGCUACGCUGCACCCAGCCGCUGAUCAGAGCAAAGUUUUUCGAGGUGUUUGAUGCAUCAAUGAAGCGGCGAGUCUAUGAGAGGCUUCUGUAUAUUUGCUGCUCGCAGAACUGGGAGGCCAUGGGCAGCCACUUCUGGAUCAAACAGUGCAUUGAGCUGCUGCUGGCGGUCUGUGAGAGGAACACCACCAUUGGCACCAGCUGCCAGGGCUCCAUGCUCCCCUCCAUCACCAACGUCAUCAACCUGGCUGACAGCCAUGACCGUGCAGCCUUCGCCAUGGCAACGCAUAUCAAACAGGAACCUCGUGAGAGAGAAAACAGCGAGACCAAGGAGGAGGAUGUGGAGAUAGACAUUGAACUGGCACCUGGAGACCAGACCAGCCUCCCUAAGACCAAGGAGCAGGCAGAGCGAGACGCAGGCAACCAGCUGCACAUGCUCACCAACCGCCACGACAAAUUCCUGGACUCCCUGAGAGAGGUCAAGACGGGAGCACUGCUGAAUGCACUGGUUCAGUUGUGCCACAUCUCCACCCCAUUGGCUGAGAAGACCUGGGUCCAGCUCUUCCCCCGCCUGUGGAAGAUUCUGUCGGACCGUCAGCAGCAUGCACUCUCAGGCGAGAUGGGUCCGUUCCUGUGUAGCGGUAGUCAUCAAGCUCAGAGAGAUUGCCAGCCCAGUGCUUUAAACUGCUUUGUGGAGGCCAUGUCUCAGUGCGUGCAGCCCAUACCCAUCAGGCCCUGCGUGCUGAAGUACUUAGGAAAGACCCACAAUCUAUGGUUACGCUCCACCCUGAUGCUGGAGCAGCAAGCUUUUGAGAAAGGCCUUAGCUUGCACAUCAAACCCAAACAGAGCACAGAGUUCUAUGAGCAGGAAAGCAUCACUCCUCCACAGCAGGAGAUCCUCGACUCGCUGGCGGAGCUCUAUUCCCUACUGCAGGAAGAGGAUAUGUGGGCGGGGCUUUGGCAGAAGAGAUGCAAGUUCCCUGAGACGAGCACAGCCAUUGCAUACGAGCAGCAUGGCUUCUUUGAACAGGCUCAAGAAACCUAUGAGAAGGCAAUGGAGAAAGCUCGCAAAGAGCACAAUGUCUCACCCGCCAUCUUUCCAGAGUACCAGCUGUGGGAGGAUCACUGGAUACGUUGUUCUAAAGAGCUGAACCAGUGGGAGCCUCUGACAGAGUAUGGGCAAUCUAAAGGCCAUAACAACCCAUACCUGGUGCUGGAGUGUGCCUGGAGAGUGUCCAACUGGGCUGCAAUGAAAGAGGCUCUAGUGCAGGUGGAGCUGAGCUGUCCAAAGGAGAUGGCCUGGAAGGUGAAUAUGCAUCGCGGUUACCUGGCCAUCUGUCACCCGGAGGAGCAGCAGCUCAACUUCAUUGAGCGGCUAGUGGAGAUGGCCAGCAGUCUGGCCAUCAGAGAAUGGAGGAGACUGCCACAUAUCGUCUCUCACGUGCACACACCUCUGCUGCAGGCAGCACAACAGAUUAUUGAGCUACAAGAAGCUGCUCAGAUAAAUGCAGGCCUCCAGCCCGCCAACCUGGGCCGCAACACUAGCCUCCAUGACAUGAAGACCGUGGUGAAGACCUGGAGAAACAGGCUACCGAUUGUCUCCGAUGACCUCUCCCAUUGGAGCAGCAUCUUUAUGUGGCGGCAGCACCACUAUCAGGCCAUUGUGACCGCUUAUGAAACCAACACACAACAUGAUCCAAACACUAACAAUGCCAUGCUUGGAGUGCACGCCUCCGCAUCAGCCAUUAUUCAGUAUGGGAAGAUUGCCCGGAAGCAAGGUCUGGUCAACGUAGCUUUGGACAUUCUGAGUCGCAUCCACACCAUCCCCACCGUGCCUAUUGUAGACUGCUUCCAGAAGAUCCGUCAGCAGGUUAAAUGCUACCUGCAGUUGGCUGGAGUAAUGGGCAAGAAUGAAUGCAUGCAGGGUCUGGAGGUGAUUGAGUCUACUAACCUGAAGUACUUCACCAAGGAGAUGACCGCCGAGUUCUACGCUCUCAAGGGCAUGUUCUUAGCCCAGAUCAAUAAGUCAGAGGAGGCAAAUAAGGCAUUCUCUGCUGCAGUGCAGAUGCAUGAUGUUCUGGUGAAAGCCUGGGCUAUGUGGGGCGACUACUUGGAGAACAUCUUUGUCAAAGACCGCCAGCCGCACCUUGGUGUCUCUGCCAUUACCUGUUAUUUACACGCCUGCCGCCAUCAGAACGAGAGCAAGUCACGGAAAUACCUUGCCAAGGUGCUGUGGUUGUUGAGUUUUGAUGAUAAGAACACAUUGGCCGACGCUGUGGACAAAUACUGCAUUGGAGUGCCGCCCAUCCAAUGGCUGGCCUGGAUCCCUCAGCUUCUCACGUGUCUGGUUGGCUCAGAGGGGAAACCUCUCCUCAACCUCAUCAGCCAGGUGGGACGUGUCUACCCUCAAGCGGUGUACUUUCCGAUCCGAACCCUGUACCUGACGCUGAAAAUCGAGCAGAGGGAGCGCUACAAGAGCGAUUCUGGCCAGCAGCAGCCCAGUUCGGCGGCUGCCCAGACCCACUCAGCGUCCGACCCGGGUCCCAUCCGUGCCACUGCUCCCAUGUGGCGCUGCAGCCGGAUCAUGCACAUGCAGCGUGAGCUCCACCCCACCCUGCUCUCCUCUCUGGAGGGCAUCGUGGACCAGAUGGUCUGGUUCAGAGAGAACUGGCAUGAGGAGGUCCUGCGGCAGCUCCAGCAAGGGCUGGCAAAAUGCUACUCGGUGGCAUUCGAAAAGAGCGGAGCUGUGUCUGAUGCUAAAAUCACUCCACAUACGCUCAACUUUGUAAAAAAGCUGGUCAGCACGUUCGGCGUGGGCCUGGAGAAUGUCUCUAAUGUGUCCACUAUGUUCUCAAGCGCUGCCUCAGAGUCCCUGGCCCGGCGAGCUCAAGCCACCGCUCAAGAUCCUGUGUUCCAGAAGAUGAAGGGCCAGUUCACCACAGAUUUUGACUUCAGCGUUCCCGGCUCCAUGAAGCUUCACAAUCUCAUUUCAAAGCUGAAGAAGUGGAUCAAGAUUCUGGAAGCCAAGACGAAGCAAAUGCCAAAGUUCUUCCUGAUUGAGGAGAAAUGCCGUUUCCUUAGCAACUUCUCGGCCCAGACUGCUGAAGUUGAGAUUCCGGGAGAAUUCCUCAUGCCUAAGCCCACACACUAUUACAUCAAGAUUGCCAGGUUCAUGCCCAGGGUGGAGAUUGUUCAAAAGCACAACACAGCUGCCCGACGUCUCUACAUCCGCGGGCACAACGGCAAGAUCUAUCCGUACUUGGUGAUGAAUGACGCAUGUCUGACAGAGUCCCGCAGAGAGGAGCGCGUGUUGCAACUCUUGCGGCUACUCAACCCCUGCCUGGAGAAGAGGAAAGAGACCACCAAGAGACACCUCUUUUUCACAGUCCCAAGGGUGGUGGCGGUGUCUCCUCAAAUGCGGUUAGUGGAGGACAAUCCAUCGUCUCUGUCUCUGGUGGAAAUCUACAAGCAGCGUUGUGCUAAGAAGGGCAUUGAGCAUGACAACCCUAUUUCCCGCUAUUAUGACCGACUUGCGACUGUUCAGGCUAGAGGAACCCAAGCCAGCCAUCAGGUCCUGCGAGACAUUCUGAAGGAGGUCCAGGGCAACAUGGUUCCUCGUAGCAUGUUGAAGGAGUGGGCGCUACACACCUUCCCCAACGCCACAGACUACUGGACCUUCCGCAAAAUGUUCACCAUCCAGCUUGCUCUUAUCGGCCUGGCUGAGUUCAUGCUGCACCUGAACCGUCUCAACCCGGAGAUGCUGCAGAUCGCACAGGACACUGGAAAACUCAAUGUAUCGUACUUCCGCUUUGAUAUUAAUGAUGCCACUGGUGAUUUGGAUGCCAACCGGCCUGUCCCGUUCAGGCUGACGCCCAACAUCUCAGAGUUCCUGACCACAAUCGGUGUAUCUGGACCCCUCACGGCUUCUAUGAUAGCAGUAGCACGCUGCUUUGCUCAGCCUAACUUCAAGGUCGAUGGCAUCUUGAAAGCUGUUCUUAGGGAUGAGAUCAUCGCAUGGCACAAGAAGACGCAGGAGGACACAUCCAUGCCUCUGUCCUCAGCUGGACAACCUGAGAACAUGGACAGCCAACAGCUGGUGUCUCUGGUCCAGAAAGCUGUGACUGCCAUCAUGACCCGCCUCCACAACUUGGCCCAGUUCGAGGGUGGUGAGAGUAAAGUAAAUACACUAGUGGCAGCUGCCAACAGCUUGGACAACCUGUGCCGCAUGGACCCCGCCUGGCACCCUUGGUUGUAGACGGGCAUGUAUAGAAACAAACUCUGGCAGAUCACUGAGAAAUGCGAUACUGUGAAAGUGAAUGUCAGAGUUGAUGAAUUUGUCCCACGAGUUUAAAAAACAAUGUGUUGAGUUAACAAUCGGAAGGGGUUAUAUAAUAAUGCACAAACUGUAAUUUAAAAAAGAACAGGAUAAUACUUAAGAUCUUUAGUAUUCACUGUUAUUCACAGGUAAGAGAUACAUGCAGCAAUUAAAAUCAGCUUUGUUUGGUUGGAGAGGGACUAUUGUUUAACUGAUGAGCUUAGUAAGGUGCUUUUGUUGAGACUGUCGUGUUUGCUAAAGUGUGACGGUACAAGACAGCCUUUAAGAAAAUACUGUUUCCGCAGCCUUUUUUUGGCUCCACACUGGAAGAGGGCGCAGCAGCUAUCCCAUGUUAUGCAACUUCCAUCAAACUCUCCUUUUACGCCUCCGCCAUUCUCUCUGACUGACGGCAGCCUUUUAAAUUUAGUAAUCUAAUUUACAUGAAUCAACACUCGGCAAUGUUCAGCUUGCUGUUACGUGUCAGUAUGUCAUUAUUUAAAGUUAUAUGUGGGCAUAUUUUUUUUUACCCUUGUACAUCAUGUAAAAAUGACAUUGCAUCUCUUAAUUGCUGUGUACUUUUCUACAGGUUUGUGCAGUUUAAAGCCGUCAUGUGUUACUGUCAACCAUAGAUUUUUGUUUUUUGCAAAAUACUCUGGAAAGGCAAAGACCUGUGAGCCUUAAGACAGGGGUAGCUCUAUAUUUAGCUCAUUUUUAGUUAAUCAUAGCACAUACAGUUGUUACAGCUCAGUUUUUCAACUUUGCCUUUUUAGGAGUGUCCCAAAGCAUUUGUAUCUCACUGAUACACCUAAAAGCAUUUUUGUAUACAUUCUCCUCUUUUGUAAAGGUACAUAAUAUUGUGCCAACCUAUGGAUAGUUACCUCUGCAAUGUAAAUAUGCAUUUUGUUUUAAUAAAAUGCUCUUUUUCAAGAAACAAAU